ACUAUUGAGGAGGUUUUUCAGGCAAAAUUAAUCUAUUCAUGUUAACUGCCCAAGCACUUGCCCUAUGGCUGUUCAUUUUUUGGUGAUACUUAAUGGUUAUUCUUCUGGCAGUUUUCUUUCAAGCAUAGGUAACAAUUACUUCCAUCACAGAAUGGCAUCCAACAGGGGUCAAGGUGGAAUUCAACAGUUGUUGGCUGCAGAGCAUGAAGCACAGCAGAUUGUGAAUGCAGCUAAGAAUGAAAAAUUGGCUAGGCUGAAGCAGGCCAAGGAAGAGGCGGAAAAGGAGAUUUCUGAAUAUCGAGGUCAGGUGGAGUACGAGUUCCAAAAGAAAUUGGCAGAGAGUAGUGGAGAUUCUGGUGCCAAUGUGAAGCGGCUUGAGCAAGAGACUGAAUCAAAGAUCAGUCACCUCAAGACAGAGGCUGAGAGAAUAUCUCAGGAUGUUGUUUCUAUGCUCCUCAAGCAUGUAACUACCGUGAGAAAUUAAGGUCCUUGAUGGUGUAUUAAUGCUCAAUCGAUACCAAUCAUUAUUUUUGAAUUUAUUUUUGAUUUUAGAUUGUCUGCUACGUAAUAAGAUUCCUGAUUCCUGAUUUCUGUUAGUUCCUGCUUUGCCGGAAUGUUGUAACAAAAAUAAUCUGAGGCUUGUUGAACCAAUCAAUUUGUUGGCAUGCACAUUUCAUAAAAUUCCUUGUUGCCUUACGAGCUGGAAUGCAGUUGUAUUUUCUGUGAAA